AUGGAGAACGAAUCGACAUUCGUCGCUCCAGAAGGCGUCUACUCCGUCACUGAGGAGCACAAGCCCUCGCUUCUACCUCAUCUUAUAUCCACGCCCGCCCUCCAUCCAACCCGCGUAUCAACUAUUGCGGUCCGAUUUCACGCAAAGUCUGGAGGUGGAGCUGCUUUUGUUCAGCUACUCGGGGGAAAUAAGGACUCAAGAAAGGAGAAGGCGAAGGAGGAUAGCGUCAGUGUGUCGAGCAGCGACACUCCUGACGAGGAUGGCCAGGCCCAGGAAAAUAUUCCACCUACAACUCCGCUAUUCGCGGGUCCUCCUGCAGUUGGGAAGAAGAAAGGCUUCUCGCGGCCCAAACACAAUAUCCGAACAACGUCCUCCACCUUUAUAACUCGGCUCCAGAAUGCAGAGGGCUUUCCGAGGUCGUUGCAGUCAAAGCAGGGCGAAGUCACGUUCCUCUUCUACAACGUUUCUAAAACAUUUCUCUGGAUGGAAGCCGGUGCGAAAGCCAAGGAACCGUUGGCACGUAUCACAUUCUCUGCCUACCCUACCUGCCACGAUGUCAACAUGUCUACGUCUUCCUCAGAACGGUUGGAUGUCAUAAUAGGCUUCAAUACAGGGGACUUGAUCUGGCUAGACCCAAUAGUGUCCAGAUAUACGCGUCUAAACAAACAGGGAAGCAUCACAAAUUCACCUUGCACGGCCGUUAGAUGGGUUCCCUCAUCAUCAACACUCUUUCUUGUCGCUCACGCGGAUGGGACGAUCAUCGUUUACGACAGAGACCGUGAAGAUGGAAGCUUCACACCGCAGGACCCUUCUCGCGCAACCAUAGAAAUACUUCCAGACGGCCAACGAGUGUCAAAAGAGUGGGAUCCCAUCGACAGUAUCUUCGUCACAAUGCCCCCUUGGCAUCCAGUCUCGUCCAGCAAUGGACCGGUCGUGAGCAAGGUUGACAAGGUUCCGAAGAACCCUGUUAGCCAUUGGCGUGUCUCAAGACGCUCUGUAGUUGAUUUCGUGUUUUCUCCUGAUGUUAAACACGUCGCAGCGAUAUCAGAAGAUGGCUGUUUAAGGGUAAUUGAUGCCCUCGCAGAACAGCUGGUGGAUUGUUAUGCCUCAUACUUUGGGGCAUUGACCUCAGUGGCCUGGUCACCAGAUGGUCGAUUUAUCCUCACUGGAGGUCAAGACGAUCUUCUUACCUUGUUCUCUCCCUGGGAGCAACGGGUUGUAGCCCGAUGUCAAGGACAUUCGUCCUUCGUUUCUGCAGUCGCAUUUGACGAUCUCAGAUGCGACGGGCGGACGUAUCGUUUUGGUAGCGUGGGAGAAGACAAUAAGCUCAUUCUGUGGGACUUUUCUAGCGGAGCCUUGCAUCGUCCCAAAUUUCAGCCAACGCUCCAGCAACGCAUGUCAAUGGCGUCAACCGUCUCUCUCGCGGUCCGCCGAGACCGCUCGACGCUUUACCUCCCAACAGAAGAGGUCCCACUACCCCGUUACCAUCCGGCGCCUUCUCGAAACGAAAUAGCCGUUGUACAACCAUGUCUUGCAUGUAAUCUCUUUGUUGUCAAACCCAUUGAGGGCGAAAUCCUUGCGACACUGGUCUUUCUUCCUCGAUCCAUACUGACCUCGACGCGGGGUGGUUACCUCAAGCUCUGGAUCCGUCCUCUGGCUUUAAGACCAAGAUUAAAAAACCGACAACCCAGUGCAAGCACCGAUAUCUUAUAG